CUCUCCCCCAUGCACACAAUGUUUCUUUCUCUAUCGCAAUGGCCGGCCUGAAUGGAGCAGCCCCACUGUUGGAUCUGACUGAUAUGCUGCCUUCGCAAUCCUUCACAUGACAACCUAAACAUCUUGUCCCAUCAUGGCCGGGUCAAAUCUACCCUCCGACCCCGAAGGCUACGAUGCCUAUAUCUCGCAGAUGCGCACGACCGAGUACCCGAUGCUCCAGGACUCCAUCUAUCUCGACCAUGCAGGCACCACACUCUACAACAAGACGCUGCUCCAGCGUUUCCACGACGACAUGCUGGCCGGCCUGUAUGGAAAUCCGCAUUCCUCCUCGCCAUCGAGUCAGCGCUCGACGCAGCUAGUCGAGAAUGUGAGACUCGAAGUGUUGCGCAUGUUUAAUGCGGACCCGGAGCUGUUCGACGUCGUCUUUACGGCGAAUGCGACUGCUGCAAUCAAAUUGGUGGGGGAGGCUUUCCGGGAAUGGGGUUUUGACUAUGCGUAUCAUGUUGAUUCGCAUACGAGCUUGGUUGGCCUGAGGGAGCUGGCCGAGGAGCAUGUGUGUUUGGAGACAGAUGAGCAAGUACGCGCAUGGCUGAAGGAGCGCCAGAGUGUCAGCAACUCGAUGCGAUUGCCGCUCUUCGCCUACCCCUUGCAGUCCAACAUGAACGGCCGACGUCUACCACUGCAAUGGUGCCGCCAAAGCAACACUCCGAACAGAGUCUACACUUUGGCGGACGCUGCAGCCCUCGUCUCAACGUCUCCACUCGAUCUCAGCGACGCUGCCCUGGCACCCGACUUCUCCGUCUUCAGCUUCUACAAGAUCUUUGGCUUCCCGGACCUCGGCGCGCUCAUUGUCAAAAAGAGCGCGGCACACAUCUUCUCCCGGAAAAAGUACUUCGGGGGCGGGACUGUCGACAUGGUGAUAUGUCUCAAGGAAGAAUGGCAUGCGACGAAACAUGGGCCCCUGCACCAGCAACUCGAGGAUGGCACUCUGCCCAUCCAUAGCAUCAUGGCUCUCAAGAGUGCCUUGCAAACUCACCAAGAGCUUUUUGGGACCCUCCAUCGCAUUUCGGAGCACACUACUCGAUUAGCCAAAUCGUUGUACGACGGCCUUGCAUCACUCCGGCAUGCCAACGGCCGGCUUGUCUGCGACAUGUACAGACACUCAAGCAGCACCUACGGCGAUGGCGAAAGCCAAGGCCCAAUUGUGGCGUUCAACAUACUGGACGGGCAGGGAGAUUGGGUUAGCAACGCCGAGGUGGAGAAGCUGACGGCCAUCCAAAAAAUACAUAUCAGGACGGGAGGAGUAUGUAAUCCUGGCGGAACUGCAACAGCUUUGCAUCUCGCGCCGUGGGAGAUGCGGCAGAAUCUCUCGUCCGGCCAUCGAUGCGGCAGCGAGAACGACAUCCUCAACGGCAAGCCUACCGGCAUUAUCAGGGUCAGCCUCGGAGCUAUGAGUACGUCCAGCGACAUCCAGCGAUUUCUUGCAUUCAUGAACGAAUUCUUCGUGGACGGGAGCAUAGAGGAGCCGGCAGUCGACUCGCCUCUUCUGGAAUCUACGAACCCCCGCUUUCACGUGGAGAGCUUGACCGUCUACCCCAUCAAGAGUUGUGGUGGAUGGCAAGUACCACACGGGCAGGCCUGGCAAGUGCGUCUGGAAGGCCUUGCUUGGGAUCGAGAAUGGUGUAUUGUACAUCAAGGUACAGGAAAAGCUUUGAGUCAAAAGCAGCACCCGCGGAUGGCUCUGCUACGCCCAGUGCUCAACCUGAAAGAUGGUUCAUUGCGCGUGAGCACCGUCGACGGUUCAAACAGCGUGAGUGUGUCGCUGUCAAGAGAUCCAGACUUGUACGUGACGGACGUUAAGAGCGCCGGGGCGACCAUCUGCGGCGACGGAAUCCAGGCGCUCGUCUACAACUCUCCCACCAUCGCCGCCUUCUUCACCGACGCCAUCGGCACUCCAUGCACUCUCGCUCGCUUCAACCCUGCUUCGGACGUAAGCAGACACAGCAAAGCACAUUUGCAACCGUCCAGAGAUCACGAGAAGCUCGACAAGAUCCCCCGACCCAUUCUAUUCAGCAACGAGUCACCAAUCCUCACGAUUUCGAGGUCUUCUCUCAGCCGGCUGAACGAGCAGAUCAAAGCCAAAGGAGGUAAAGCAGCUUCACCGUCCGUGUUCCGCGCAAACAUUGUCGUAGCAGAAGACCCAUGGCUUGCUCCCGGACAGGAACAGCCUUGGGCAGAAGACUGGUGGCGGGGGAUGCGGAUCGGAGCGACGCAGUUUGAUUUUCUUGGUGGGUGUAGACGAUGUCAGAUGCUUUGUGUGGACCAGGAGAGCGCGGCGCGGAAUUCCGAGCCCUUUGUCACGUUGGCAAAGACCCGGCGGUUUGGUGGGAGGGUGCUGUUUGGUGUGCACACGGCCCUGGUGGCUGGGAGCAGGGCAUGUGCGAGUAUCAGCGCGGGAGACGUGGUUGAGACGUUGCAAUGAGCGACUCUGCAGCCGAAAGUUACCAUCUCAUACAUCGAGUGAUUGUUGAAGAUCACAGAGCCUCUCACGUAUCGAGGGUGAAUGCAUCGUGGUCGGUCCAAACUGCCUCGUCGCCUGUCAACCCCCACAUAUAUCAGCGGAGACGCCCGAAACUCUAAUUGUCCCUGCCA